AUGAAGAGCAGUAGCCACCGUGCUGAGACUGAGCGUGACGGUGAGCUCAGGUCGCCCCGGCAAAACCGCCCGCGGUCCCCGCGGUCUCCUCGCGGGGAUGUGCGCGAGGAGGGAUAUGGUUCGGAUCGAGGACAGAGCAAGCAAACCUCAGUGAGUCAACGGAUGACAUCUGCCACCUAUGGCAGGAUGCUGGGACGCUUCUAUUGGAUGCAUCUGGAGUUUGAGAUCAGCCGAAAGGUGAGGACCUUCAUUCGCCGCUUCACUGUCAUUAUCUUCUUCUUGGUGCCGGUCUACUUGCGGUCCCUGGUGAUUCCAUGGAGAUGUGUCCCGUUGGGCAGUAAUGGCUACUCCGUGAACGUGGAAUACCUGGGCCUGUUCUGCGACACCAAUGAGGCAGCAAUAUUGAGGCGGAGAUUCACGGGCGCGCUGCGCGGCGAGGUUCGAAGCGCGCUUCACGGCAGUCAUCAUCGCUCUACCGGCGGCGUCGGUUCGAUGUCCCAGAUGUGGAUGAUCGAGUUGGCCGUGGCCACGGUAAACCUUAAGGUCGGAGCAGCUGCUCCUGCGGGCUUUUCCCAGAGUGCUUUGGGAUCCUUCCUGGAACAAAGUUAUGGCGCAGCCUUUGGAGUCCUGCUGGGCGUAGGCGAUGGCACCCGAGCCAAAGAAUUGCUGGGUGCAUGGCCGCAUGGCGUUCUAUUCCUGGUUGAUCCAUUUAUUCACUUGCGAAGGGGCUAUGAUCGGCCAGAGAAUGUCGAUGAUGCUACGCAUCAAAGGAACUACGAUAACCUGAGAAGCAAUUUGCACGACAAGGCGAGCGUGCAGGGCAGAUAUUCCUUUGUGAGGGAAUUUUCUUUUUCGGUUCCGAAGAUCUGGGUCGAAAAGAGCUGGGGUCCGCAGCCCAUGAUGGUCUUCCACGACGCCAACCCCUCCUACGGAGCGGUGCGGAUGGAUCUCUUGGAAUGGUGGCCACUGCUGUCGGAGGGUGGCACCUUUUGCGGUGCCAACUACUCCACAGAAGGUGAUGGCUCAGUGGUUGGAGUCAAAUUGGCAGUGGAUGAGUUUGCAGCUAGCGCUGGUCUUACGGUCUUCGUGACGGAGGAAGAGACCGAACCGAUGUGGAUUCUGCAGAAGCCCAGAUGA